UUUCUUUGUCUUUCCUUUUCACCGACGGAUGGCGAGCAUUAAAUUUUACUUGUCGAUCCAGAUGACUCGGUGUUACUGCUACUAGUCGUGUCAGCUCAGAACAACUGGAGCUCGCACUAGUCGAGUCUUUGUUCCUCAAUAUUUCAGCAGCAUACUGAUUUCCAGCGAGGGUGUACUCCACGUAACCUGACCAGUUGUAGUACGUAACGUUGUCCGGUGAGACAAUAAAGUCGCGAAAAUAAUGGGUCCUCUGCUUUUGCCCGGUGUUGUUUUGGCAAUCGUGGUAGCAUUUGGUGCUAUUCUAUGGUACCUUUUCAAGUCCGCUGAAGCCGACUCAACUCCAUUCUAUCCAGACGAUAAUGAGGGAAGUGAUGGAGGCUCCGAAACAUCCAAAAAUCGUACGAAAAAGCGCCCGUUUCAACCCAGAAGAAGGAAUAGAGAGAGAACUACCCAUCCUGUUGAAGAAACUCCUCAAGCGGCUCGUCUGGAAGAGCGGAACACACAUGCAGGUGCCAAUGUAGCCAAAUCGGCUACAACAACCGCGAAAAAACCAGCUGGUGAGCGUAGUCCUCCUGCUCGGAAAGGUGCUGCUGCUGCUGCUCCUACUCCUACUAUUGCCCCCACUUCUCACCCUGUUUCUCGUCAAGCAUCUGACCCGGUACUACCAGGCAAAUCAAGGAAAGUCUCCUUUUCUGAGGAUGCUGUAACGGAAGCAGCUGGUCAGGAAACCAGGACCACUGCGGUACCCACUGCUUCAUCGAAUGGAGUCUCUCCUCCUUCGGUCCCGUCUGCGAAAGCCAACAAAGCAGCUGCCAAGUCAUCAUCGUCAACGAAGGUGAAGAAUCCAGCGAAGAGCAAACCUUCGCGAUCAGCUGCCAGCGCCUCUGUUGCUUCUAAUGUCGAUGAAUUGGCCCGUGCCAUUGAGCGUGCUAACCUUUCUGCUAGUGAUGCGCAGGAGCUAGUCGACGUCUUGCUGAGUGCUUCCAGCGGCGGUGCGUCUGAGUGGAUGUCCCGCGGCAGCCAUGGCCGCACCGAGGAGACCCUAGAGUCAGUGCGCAAAGCUCGCACUGAGCUUGCUGCACAGCUGGAGGAGGAGCGCGCAGCACACCGUAGCUUGCUAGCGAGCAGUAAGGAUAGGCGAGCUGAGUCCAUCGAGGAGAUGCGACAGAUGAAGUUUAAGCUGGAGGCGGUGCAAAAGGGCUUUGCACAGAAGACGAAGGAGGCUGCUAAUGCAUUGGCGCGUGUUCGAUCUAUGGAAGAAGAGCUUGAUGCAAAGAGUGCACUGCCUGCAACUGCUGAGGCUGGCCGCUAUAUUGCGGAGAUCAACCACUUGAAGUCGGAACUGGAAGGAGCUAAUACUCGUUUGGCUAGUUCAAUGGCUGAUUCCAACAAUGUCAAACAGGCUGCCAAGAAUACUGAAGCAACUCUUAACAACCAGCUGCAGCAAGCCAAGAGCAAUGCUGAGAGGCAGCAGAAGCGUGCCCGUGAUCUGGAGAAACAACUUCAGUCAGAACCUAAAGCUGGAGUGGAGGCAACUGCUGUGCAAGCUCAGAAUGAUGAGCUUCGUCAAAGAAUUGCUACAGUAGAAGCUGGUGUGUCAGAGCAGAUUGCUGCUGUGGAGAGCAGCAAAUCAAAGGAACUCGUUGCUCUGGAAAAGAAGAAGGCUGAGGAACUCGUUGCUCUGGAAAAGAAGAAGGCUGAGGAAGUCGUUGCUCUGGAAAAGAAGAAGGCUGAGGAACUCGUUGCUCUGGAAAAGAAGAAGGCUGAGGAGCUAGCUGCAGUGGAAAAGAACCUGUCCGUCAGAAUUGCCGACUUGGAAAAGAGCAAACAAGAGCUGGUCACAGAAUUGCAGAGUGCCAAGACUGCUUCCAAUGGUCAUCAUGUUGAGGAGACUCAAAGUGCUGACCCAGCACUCGUGACGGAAAAGGACGAGGAGAUCUCGAAGCUGAAGAAGAGCCUGGAGUCUUGGAAGACAGAUGCAAAGAAGUUUGAGGAGAGACUUCUGGCUUCGAAUGCCAAGAACGCUGAGCUUCGUGAGACAACGUGGCGAGCAAAGGACGAGGCAGCGCUUGCACAGAAGAAUGCGAAGGCCGAAGUAAAGAAAUCGAUUGAUGGUUUCAAGGCAAAGCAGCGUGAAGAAACAUCAGCUGAGCGUGAUGCAGUUACAAAGGAGCUUAGAGACCUAUGUCCGAGCGUGGAAGUAUCGAGCGACUGCAAGACGCUCACAAGCUGGGUGCAGUCAUUUGUGGAGAAGGCAGGCCAGGAAAAAGCCAGCACUGCAACAUCUGCUUCAAGCUCCUCUGCCGAGUCUACUGAAGAGCUAGAGCGUUCCCGUGAAAGGCUAAGUGCGGCGGAGGCAGAAGUUGAAUCAUUGAAGUCUCGCUGUGAGGAGGCUGAGGAAGUCUUGGCACAGACCACGAGUACCCUGGCUGGUAUCCAAAGCCAGGUCGAGGCAGAGGAUGACAAGCAUAUGGAUAAGCUUCAGUCCUUGGAAGCAGAUUUUGAUCGAGUGGAAGCAUCGAAAAAGAAGCUCCAAGAACAGCUUGAUAGUGCAGAGACAGAGCUUGCACAGGCGAAGAACGGUCAGAAACAAAUCCACAGCCUGAGGAAGGAGCUGGAGCAAUCUAAGAAUGUCAAUGAUGACAUGCAGAAGUUCCUUCAGCAGACUAGCACGCGCCACGAGGGUCAUCUGAAGGAGAGUGCUGAGAAACUGCGUCGGGCCGAAUCACAGCUGUCUAGCUCCAAGUCUAGGAUGGAGGUGGCUGAGCAGAAAGCAAAGGCAGCGGAAGAGGCACUGGCCAAGCACCGUAGUGAGCAAACUGAAUCUACGACUGUUAUCGAGCAGCUGAGGAAAGACAUAGAGACUUCCUCAAAGGAAAGAGAAUCACUACAGAGUCGAUGUGCUGAGCAAGAGACUGCUUUGCAGGCAGCCCGUCAAGAGGUAGAGGAGGCUGCUAAAGAAAAGAGGACCUCGGUUGACGAUGUCAAUCAGAUGGUCUCUAGUUUGAAUGAACUGCAGACCGCCAUGUCAAAAUUAGAAGUAGAAAAGCAGGAGCUUGCCGAGCAGCUGAGAAACGUCCUCAAUGCAUCGGCAUCAGCAUCUACAGACGUCUGAAGUAUUAGUUGCGCAACAGCGCUCUUGUGUCUAUUGUAUGUUCGUGAAUAACAAUCCAACUAUGAUGUUUUGUCUGCUUUUUUCUUCUAUUUUCUCCUUUUCUGCUCCUCUCAAUAUUUGUGAUUUCCCAACCUCCCGUAACCCUUCCCAACCACCCAGAAAUAUUUUAUGGGAGAAAUUUCUCCUAAAAUUCCAUUUUCCUACAUUAUCAUUUGCACUUGUCUAUUUGUGCUGUCAUUGUGUAUUUCAUUCAUGCUUUCAAGUAAUCACUGAAUGUCCGCUUUGAUUUGGAAUGUCUGGCUAGCAAGCUUGGGGAAAGACAUGUUUGCAGCGCAAUGUCCCGGUAUUAGCAACACUACUAAUAAUAGUAGUAGUCAUCGUAGCACGUCCAGCAGGGCUCGUGUCUGCUUCAUUAUUUCGUGGCCUUUUAGUUCCGAGCGGUUUUAGAUUGUUUCCCUCCUUUUGCUACUGCUACCUUUUACUGAUUUCUUAUUCUUUUCUCUAUCUUUCUCAUAUGGCUUUGUUUGCGUCUCUUGCCAAGAUUUUUUUGCUGGCACCCCUCUUCUUCUUUUCUAGAACAGCCAGCUUCUCUUCUUUUUACGUUAACAUUGUUGUUGAGUAGCCGUUCCAUUUCAAAGGUGCAACUUAGCCGGUGGCUAUGAGUUGUAUUCCAGAUGCUGUUUGUGUUAGAGUUCGGCCGGGACUCUGUGUUUUCUUUCUUUUUCUAGAAUUUUGUUGACAUGGUUGCUGAUACUGCCCAUUCUAGGCUCAACUCUUCUGUGUAUCUUAUGCCUGCCAAGAGAACCCGACUUGUAACAUGUGCA